CCAAAUAAAUUGAGAAUAGGUGUGAUCUUAUAAAAACACCGUAUGAAUUUGAGUGAGGCUUUUUACACUAAGGUUGCUUCAUUUAAAGAAUCAACUGUGUCUAUGCAUUUAUCUCAUGUAAAGAAGUUACAAAAGCUUAAGAUAAAUGUAGCGAAUAUAAACAACAAUAAUGUCGUUUCCAUUUUAAACUACAUAAAAAACACAGGAUGUAGACGAAAAAAAUUAUCCAAUAGUUACGUCAACGUGAUAUACUCUACAUUGCGAUUAUUGAAUUCUUCACUCGAUCGGUCUGCGAGUAAAAUGGGUUUUCCUCGUAAACAUCGAACAGCCGAUCGUUCAAACAAUAUUUGUGAGGAAAGUAUAAACGACAUGAAACAAUUGUUCAAAAUGAUGUUACGAUAUAUCAAAAACUUCACAUCUACACAUUCACAUAAAUUUGACGCUCGUAGCAUUAUCGACACGUCGAUAGCAGUUGUUCUACUAGUCAUCACAAAUUUACAGCCAAAUGAAAUAUUUGAAUUGAAGUUUGAAAACUUGCAAAUGAUGGCAGAUGGAGUUUCUUUUACGACAACUGUUAAAAAACGGAAAGUCUUACGAACCAUUUCAGUUUCAACAUCAUUAUAUAAUACAUUAUACACAAAUAUUGAGAAAAUGAUAUUGAAUCGAGAAAAAAUUUGUGAUCUAUCAGUAAAUGACAAACAAUACAUCAAUAAAAAAAACGAAAAAGUGAAUAAAAUCCAUGUUAUAUCGUGUACAAGAGAUUCUAUAAACAAAACAAUUUACGAAAUGUAUGUACGUUACAACAAACGAGUGCCAUUUGUUGAUUUAGGUCUUACAUUCAUGUAUAAAAUAAAGAACGAAAUAAUAAAAACAACGGAUGAAUUCUUUAUUGAAUAGCAAUAGAAAAUAUAUAAAGCCAAUGGCGAAAUUCAUAGAUUUUCAAAUGUAUCAACACUAUCGAUAAAUGUUUCUAUAAUCACAACAUUCUGUAACACUUGAUCCCUAGUCGAACUAGAUUAAAAAAACUUUAAAUUCAUUACAAAUCAGUUGGAGAACUAAUCAAUUUAUUCUAAUUUUCGCACCCAAGAACAUAGAUUCAAAUAUUCAUACAAUCUACUAAAAUGAAGAGAAAUUAAACUCCGGAAAGAAAUAUAAUUUUU